UGCUUAGUAAAGAGCUGAUAAGACAUGUUGCUACAUUGUAGGUGCGUCAUUUUACCUUUGCACAGAUUUAGAGAGAAUAAUAGAUAUCGACAAUAGAAAAUCGUCCUUUUUCUAGUGCUUUUCAACAGCAGUUCCACCAUUGUCGGAAUUAUUGAUAAAAAUGAAGUUUGUGAUCUCGUUUCUGCUUCUGCCAUUUUGCACAGUUUGGAGUUAUAAAUCUGUGAGUAGAAAUCCCUAUUACAAUUUAGAAGAUAGAGGAUACGAACGUCUUUGUAGCGAAGAGUUUAAAUGUGUAUGUCCUCACAACAGCGAAGGAAAAUUUGUAGAUUGUAUACAAUUAAACUUAGAAAAACUUCCGAAUAACCUUCUUUUUCCAGUAAAUGUAGAAUCAAUUAACUUUCAAGGUAAUCGUAUCGCUAUCAUCAACGUAAACACUUUCUACAAUGGAGCGGGAGUAAGUUUCUUAGAUUUAUCAUUUAAUCGCCUGAAUUAUAUAUCAAGUACUGCAUUUUUGGGUUUCGAAAAACUCACCCAUCUUUAUUUAUCACACAACGAAUUACAAAGUAUUCCAGUUAAUAUGUUACAAGGUCUUCAUAAUUUAAGAAUGCUGGACUUAAGUUUUAACAAAUUGCAAACCUUUCUUUCUGAUAUAUUCGAAGAUACUUCUGAAUUGAGAGAAUUGAAAUUGAAAUUCAAUCCACUAAUGAAUCUAGAUGACAUAUCUUUCGAACAUUUACCAAUGCUGGAAAAGUUGGAAUUAGAAAGCACCGGUUUAACCAUUUUACCUAGCAAUCUCUUCAAGUAUACUCCUAACCUGAAGACUUUAUCCUUAGCUAGCAACUUCUUCCAUGAAGUGCCAUCCAGAGCUCUCCAGAAUGCUGAACAAUUGCAAAUGCUCGAUAUAUCGGAAAAUUUAAUCGUAGAAGUCAAACCGAAUGAUUUUAGAGGAUUGCGAAACUUAGCAACCUUAUUCAUGAACAGGCAACGUGGAUUAAUAACCAUUAGAGAGUUUUCAUUUGGAGAUUUGGUGAAUUUACACACGUUGCAAUGUAGCUACAAUCCCGAAUUGAUGUAUAUCGAUAGCGAUGCAUUUCGAAAGAAUGGUUCGGCAUUCGCCCUUCGUUUGCAGCAAUUACAUUUGAGAGAUAAUGCGCUGGAGUAUCUUCCUCAUGAUCUCUUAUCCUGGAACGACAUACCUUAUCUAGAUUUGCGUGAAAAUCCGUGGAGGUGCGAUUGUAAUUUGCGAUGGAUGGCCGAUUAUCACCAGCAACAGAACUUUCAAGAAAACAUCAAAUGCGCUUCACCUUCAUACUACGAAAAUAUUCCAGUAUCUAAAUUAAAAGCGGAUGAUUUUGUUUGUCAAAAAUAUUAUUUUACUGAUAGUUUUCCUAUUCUUCUCAUAUUCAUAGCAUCUAUCUUAAUAGGGGUCUCAUCUUUCAUAUCUCUUGUAAUUUACUGUGUUAAGAAAGUAAAUCUAAGAUGGAGAGCAACCAGACAAAGUAAAUACAGUCUCAUAGUGCCAAAAGUAGAAAGAAUUGAUUUGGAAUGGGAUCAUAGCAUGGAUCCUUGAUAACGAGUCUUUAAAAUAUUAAAAUAAUAAUUAAAAUAAUUGAAUAAAAAAUCAAUUUUUAAUGAUACUCAAUUUUAUACAUUAUAUACUAAAAUUUUUGCUGUAUUUUUUUAAUAAAUUAAAAUAUUUUUUAAAGAUUUUUUUAAAUAAAAUUUUGAAUUUCUCCGUCUACAAAAUGUGCUAUCAGAGUAGGAAAGCUUCUCAAGUGGAGAUAAGUUUGUGUUAUAUUUUUAUAGAAGAAAUCAAUGCUGACUCAUUUUGUAUAAAAAUACACAAGAGAUAUCACAAGGCAGACAUUUUAAAAAUUUAAUCUGAUAAAAACUUACAGUAAAAUUCUACACAAUAACAUCAUCAGGCUGACAAUAUUUUUUUGAAAAAUUUCCACCAGCUUUAGGAUAUUAGACAUGUUCAGUUUCUUUACACUUCCAACAUUCCAGACAAGAAAGAUACACAAAUACUUUAAAUAUGUAAUACAGGCCUGAACAAGCACCCAUCUCCGAACAUUCUGAACACGUGAAAAA